AAGACCGUCCUUGAUACCGAUGAGAAGGCUCGUUUCGGCGAUUGAGACUGGAUCAUUGGAGUGAAGGUAUUGCUGUCAGCUAUCUAUUAAUACUCAAGUUCUAGGCAGACAUGGAUAAUACCGUCUAUUCGAGCUACCCGCCGCAGCUGGACCCCGCCCAGGAGGCAUAUUUGGUGACGACAAUCAAGGACUGGGCAAUUCAGAAUGGCCUGACAGUUCGUCCUCAGCAAAGCUUCGUGCCCAGGGAGACAGAUCCUAAGGGAGUCCUGGCAACAAAUGCUCCGGUGACGCUGUUUCCGAGUCCAUUUCCGAGAUCCUGUUUCGAGGAGGCGAGAGCAUUGCAGACUGUCUAUAACCAGCUCUAUGCGGCCAUAACAUGUGAUGAAGCAUGGCUGGGGAAGAUCAUGGAAGAUCUCAUUGACGUGGACGACUUUAUCUCGCAUCUGUGGAAGGUCCAUCUUGCGGUGCAGAAAGAAGGAUAUGCCCAAAAAUUGUCCCUUGGUCUUUAUCGGUCCGAUUACAUGGCCAACAUUCCCUCCAAUGCGAGUGCGUCUUUGAAGCAGGUGGAAUUCAACACCAUUUCAUCAUCUUUCGGUGGGUUAUCUUCGCGCGUGACGUCGCUACACACGGAGCUUCUGCGUACUCCUGGGUAUCCACCUCAUCCUUUGCUCGAUUCGUCAGUACCCCCGGAAAACACGGCUAUCGAGACGCUAUCCGCGGGCCUGGCGGUAGCGCACAAGAGCUAUGGCCCGUCCAAGUCCGCGCCGGCUCUUCCAUUGUGCAUUCUGUUCCUUGUACAGGAGGACGAGCGGAAUCUUUUUGACCAAUUAGCACUUCUGCAGCAGCUCACCAGAGUGCACAAGGUGCCUGUUUUCCGACUCCAGAGCACUGAAAUUCUGAAUCAGACGUCAAUUCCUAGCUCCAAUUCAGCUCGCCCCUUGAUAUACCACCCACCCCAAUCCCCCGGUACACAAUACGAGGUGACAACAGCGUAUCUGCGGUGUUUCUACGCCCCGAGCGAAUACAAAUCCGAGCGUGACUGGGAGGCCCGGACACACCUCGAGCGUUCAGCCGCAAUCAAAUGUCCCACAGUUCUAAACCAACUGAGUGGAAGCAAAAUCGUACAACAGGUUCUAGCCGAAACUACUGGCCCCGACCACCUUGCUAAGUUCCUGGCUGGCACGGAUCCGGACACGAUUUCAAGGCUCCGUGCAACAUUUGCCCCUCAGUACGACCUUUCCUCCAGCGGGCGGGGCCGGGAGCUUGCUCUCAACCCAGAAACAGCAGCGAACCAUGUCCUGAAGCCACAGCGCGAGGGCGGCGGUAAUAACAUUUACAAGACCGAUAUCCCUGAUUUCCUGCGUUCGAUUCCCGAAUCGGACUGGAAACGAUGGAUUUUGAUGGAGCUGAUCCACCCCCCUGCCAGUGCCAAGAACGUUGCUUUACGGAGCGAUGGUGAGGUUCUUGGGGACAAUGUCAUUAGCGAGUUAGGCAUCUACGGGACUAUUUUGUGGGAUCAGGAGGGAGGAAAUGUCCUUUGCAAUGAGCAAGGAGGGUAUUUACUGAGGACCAAGGCAAAGGAUGUUAAUGAGGGAGGAGUCGCGACUGGAUUUUCUAGUUUAGACAGCAUUGUUUUGUUUUAGGUACCCUUUGCAUUUAAAUAGAUUAACCAUUAAACCAGUACACUACAUUAGUAUUACACUUGAAUCAGUAUUACACUUGAAUCAUCAAGAGUCACUGCAGUCUGUUAGAACAGCUCGAAUAUCC